UAAUAGAAAUAGUUGAGCUUAAAAAUACAUUGAAUGAAAAUCCAAGAAUUCAAGAUAUCGAUAACUUGAAGGAUAAUAAGUUAGUAAGUGUUAACAUAGUCGAAGACGUUUCAUUACCAUCCUACAAAGAGACGGAAAACCAAAUAAAAUCAGGUAUCGAUCCCAUAAAAAAUAAAAUUCUAAAUGUUAAAGAUAUUGAUAAUAAAAAAGCAGAAAGAAUGAUUACAGAUGAUGAUGACGACGACGGUAUAAUUGAAAUAGUUGAAGUACAAAAUACAUUGAAUGAAAAUCCAAAAAUUCAAAAUAUCGAUAACUUGAAGAGUAAUAAAUUACCAAACGUUACAACGGUCCUUGAUACGUCAUCGCCAUCCCUCAAAGAGAAAGGAAAACGAGUUGAAUCCGGUAUUGAAAUUGAAAUUGAUGAUAAAAAAGAGGAAGGAAUAAUUAUUGAUGACGAUGAUGAUGGUAUAAUAGAAAUAGUUGAAGUAAAAAAUACAUUAAAAGAAAAUCCAAAAAUUCAAAAUAUCGAAAACUUGAGGGAUAAUAAAUUGGUAAGUGUUAACAUAGUCCAAGACGUUUCAUUACCAUCCUACAAAGAGAAAGAAAACCAACUAGAAUCCAGUAUCAAUCUCAUAAAGAAUGAAAUUCUAAAUGACAGCAAAAAAAUUGACGAUGAGAAAGAAGAAGGAAUGAUUACAGAUGAUGAUGAUGAUGAUGACGGUAUAAUAGAAAUAGUUGAAGUAAAAAAUACAUUGAAAGAAAAUCCAAAAAUUCAAAAUAUUGAUAGCUUGAAGGAUAAUCAAUUAGCAAGCGUUCUUAAGGCUUCAUCUUGUAUUGACCCCAUAAGAAAUAAAAUAUUAAAUGACAGCAAAGAAAUUGACGAUGAGAAAGAAGAAGGAAUGAUUACAGAUGAUGAUGAUGAUGACGGCGUAAUAGAAAUAAUUGAUGUAAAAAAUGUUAAAAACUUACAGGAUAAUAAAUUUUUAAGCAGUAUCAGGACCUCUUGCGAUUCAUCGGCAUCAACAUAUAAAUUGAAAGAAACACAAUCACAAAACACAAAAUCUAAUCGUAAACUUGAACUCAGUAAAGAUCUUUCUGGAUUAAAAUCCCAGUUUGAAAUAAUAAAAAAUAGAUUGUUAAUUGACAACAAAGAAGUUAAUGAUGAGAAAGAAGAAGGAAUGAUUUCUGAUGACGACGAUAUGGACGUUGACAUGGCUUCAAUAGAAAAAUCUAAUAUUGAUAAUAUAAACAUUCCAAAUAUUUCUAAAGCAGACGAUAAAUUGCAAAUUACUACUACUAAAUUCAAAGAAUCACCACCUAAACACGGAAUAAAAAGAAAGUAUAGUGAAGGCGAGAAAAGUGAUAUUGGUCUAAAAAUUAAAAGAACUAAGAAUGAAUCAUUCACAGAUUAUAAAACUGCAAUAGGUGAUAAUUUAUCUAUAACAUUUAAUAGCAUGAAAGAGGCACGAAAAAUAAAUGUUUCUAAUAGUAAUAAAACUAGUUUAAAAGACAAAAGAAAAUCACCCACUACUUAUGUAAACGAUGGUGAAAUGCCGAGCACCUCAAAAGGAACUGCAUGCUCAACUUCAGGUUUUUUUAAUUCUAGUAUAAACGAUGAUGAUAGGCCGAGUACUUCAAGAAGAUCAGAAUGCUCAUCUCCAGAUUAUUCUGGCAUUGAUAAAUUAUUUUUUAUUGAUACAACUCCCGGAUUAGAUCCCAAUGAUUGUGUUCCAUCGUUUAAGGCUGUUAGUAAAAACAAAAAAGUUGAAGAUAAAAAUAAUUGCCCUCAAUCAAGAAAUAGUCUUUGUUUUAAUUGCGGUUCUACAGAACAUCCAUUAUCUAAAUGUACAGAACCUAAAAAUAAAAAAAAUAUAACCCGCGCUAAAAGGCAAUUUAAGAGUAAUAGCGAAAGAUAUCAUAAGAAGUCAUGUCGUUAUGAGCACAUAAAACCGGGACAGAUGGAUGAUGAAGUAACAAAAGCGUUAGGUUUACGUAAAGGUCAAAUGCCAUCAUAUAGAUACGAAAUGCGUAAACAUGGUUACCCACCUGCUUGGCUGAAAGCGGCUGAAGUAGAAUCAUCAGGCUUAAGUAUUAUAAUACAGAGUGACGACCCGAAAAAAGCUUUUGAUUCUAGACCAAAAUAUCGUAGAUCAGACAUUAUAGAUUUUCCUGGAUUCAAUUCCAUACCUUUUAAAGGAUUCUAUGAUGAUUAUAAAUUUCAUAACGUUCCACCAUUGACACCAAACCUAAUGAAAGAUGCAUUUUUAAAAACCUUAGAGCCGUAUUUAGUUGAUGAUGAAUUCGGACUUAUAGAUGAUUUCGGAAACGACUCAAUUGAAAGUAGCAAAAAUCUUUCAACAGAUUCAAUAGACAUGGAAUUAGAGAAUGAUGACGAAGAAUGUAAUAGUAUUGAAUUUUGUGGUCCAUUAUUACCGAACAAAAACAAAGAUAAUGAUGUUAGCUCAGGUACUGCUGAAAAUUUAGACAAUGAAUUUGAUAGUUCAAUGGAAGAGAAUGUAACGCAAGAUGAAAAUUCUCUUUCAACUCCCAAAACUAAUGCUAAUAUUUCUGCUACGCUUGACUCAUAUGUCAGCACACCUUUACUUAAUUUUUCAGGAUAUGAAAAACUUCCGCCAAUAUCGAAUUUUCAAAAGGAUGUUAGUUGUGAGUUGUUGCUAUUCGAAAAUCUGCCCGGUACUACUGGAUCGUAUACAAAAAUUAAAAAUUUACUUGAUAAAUUCAAGCAGAAUUAAAACGAAUAGAAACAAAAGAUCAAGCAAAAAAAGAUAUUUUAUAUGUUAAUGAUUUACUUAUUAAGUCCUAUAAUGUAUUUUGAAAUCUAUUAAUUGCUUGUUCCAUAUUUUUGCCAUAACAAACUAAGGAUUUGUUACAGAAACAAAUUUAGGUGUGCAUUCACACUACAUUUUUGCAGCAAUCCGAAAUUAGGGUGUUCAAGUGUUAAUAACGAAAGCUAAACCGAUUUCUGCAAUAAUACUGCAACAAAACCAAAUUCUCCAAUAUUUGCAAUAAUUUCUGUUAUACUGCGAGUAGGCACAAUAUAAAUAGAAAUCGAAUUUCCUUUCUUUGGGGAAAAAACUUCCU